AACAUAUUGACAGAUUUUUAUUAUAUUUUAAAAUGUUCACAAAAAUUAUAUUUUCAUUGCUCACUUCACAGUUCUAAUCAAGAGCUGAAAGUGAAAACACAUGAGGAAAUAAAAAUAGCAAAUAUGACAAAUAUUAAAUUAGAUAAUUUCGCUAAAUUACACGCGUUCGAGUUUCUCAAUGAAAGUGAAGAAGAUGUAAAAAUUGGAACUUUAGAAAUUAGAGACUUUAUUGAGAAUCAUUCAGAAUUAGAUGAGCAGUCAAUAAGUGAUCAAAGUAUAGUUUAUUUUUUAAGAGCAAGUAAAUUUCAAAUUGACAAAGCUAAGAAAAAAAUAAAGAGCUACUACACACAACGCCGAGAUGUGACAGAAUGGUAUACUUUUCGAGAUCCAUUCCUCACUGAAAUGAGUGAGCUUCUAGACAUUGGAGUCUUUCUUCCAAUUCUUCAAAAAGAUGAGCAACAUCGUCAAAUUGUGAUAUUAAGGAUAGCCGCCCAUGAUCCAUCAAAGCAUCUGCAGAACAAUGUUAUGAAAAUUGGUAUGAUGUUACUGGAUUAUCUUUCAAUGCAUGAUCAGAACCUCUCCGUUUAUGGUAUUCGUGCAAUAUUUGAUAUGAAUGGUGUCAAACUCGCUCAUGCACUACAAAUGACACCCAAAAUAAUAAGAAAUGCUGUAAAUGCAAUGGAAUGUUAUCCACUUAGAAUUCAGAAAUUGGAAUUUGUUAAUGCAAAUCGGGGCAUUAACGUGAUUCUUGACAUAUUUCGUUCAUUUAUGACACAAAAGUUACGUGAUAGGAUUACAGUUACAAGAGACAUUCCCAAAUUCAAUUCACAUGAUCACUUGCCAGUUGAAUUAGGUGGAUCAACAAGUAGCUAUCGAGACCUCGCAAAGCACUGGAAAAAAGUUCUUCAAAAUAAUCAUCAAUGGUUCAACAGUAGCAGAUGAAAUUAAUUAUUAUGACAAAAAGGGAAAAAUUCUUUUAUUGUACUCAACUAUUUUUCAAGUUUGAAAUGAUUAAAAAUAAUAUUUACAUGCAGACAUAAUAAUCAUAAUUCGUAAUAUUUAUUAUAAUUAUAAUUAUUUUAAAAUGAAAAAAGCUCAAAAACUAAUAGUUUUCUGUAUAGCUCAUUAAAAGCACAACAUAAAAUCAUAUUCAAUUUUAAUGAAUAUUCGCAUACAUUAUAUUGUUUUGUAAUAUAUUUAAAAUGCAUUUGCCGUGUAAAAAUAUGUUUUUAUUCUUAUAUUUUUUUCAUAAUUUCUUUUUACGAGUGUUUUGUUUCCAUUUAAAAGCUUUUUAGACUCAUUUAUUUUAUAUCUUCUUCAAAAUAUUAAUCUUUCUGAGAGUUUACUACAAUCCUACAUAAUUUCUGUGAUAGUAAUUAAAGAGGAAUAGGAGAAUAAAGAUAUACAUGAUGAUGAAUAUUUACAAUGAAACAUAUUUCUUCUGCUUCUUUCUUUUACAUCCAAAUUCUUUAAAUAAUUAUUAAAUUAAAGGAAAUUUAAAGUUUAAAACAAAAAUAAUUUUUUAAUGUUUUUCCAGCCGUUUUGAGUUGAAUUUUGGCAGACUUUGUUACUUUUGUAUUGAAUUGAACAACUCUAAAACAUAUUUAAAGAAUCAAAUUUGUUUCCCUAAUUCAAUUUAUUCUCGGAUCAAAUGAAAAAAAUUUCAAAAGAAACUUAUUAAGCUCGUUUUUGAAAAUAAACUUCCAAUCAAAAUACAUCUUUCUAAUUUGUUAACGUCAAUUGUUUGACUAUUUUGUCAAUCUUACUAAUUAUUGUUUGUUUUUCAUUCAUUUUUAAAAUUCUCAUUUUCGAGAAUUAAUUUCAAGUCUUUAAAAUCCCUAGUUCCGUACAAAAAUUCUCAACAUUCAUGCAAUAAGCAUGAUUUUUUUUUAUGUUUUUAAAAAACUAUUCGACCACAGUUGCUGGAUGAUGGUGAAAUUGCUUAAUUAGUUUACAAUAUUUAAAGUCUUCUAUAAACAUUAUAGAUCAAUCUCUUAACUAAACUCUCUCCCACCUUAAACAGCUGUGAUCUCUUACUAAACAGAGUAAUUUGAAAUAUUUUUUAAGUAUUAAAAGUUCAUUAAUGGCAGUUCAAAUGAAGAAAGCCGAAAUUAAGAAGAAUUUCGAAAGAAUAAUCAAAUCGUUUUAGUACUCAUUCAUAUGGGACUUUAAUACGUUUAUCUUUAUGUGCUAUUUUUGUCUGUUCAUAAAUCAAUCAAUUUAAAAAGAAAUUCUUAUCACAAUUUUCAUUUUCAUGAACUUUACAAACCCCAGAUUUUAAAACUUAAUGAUGUCUUUCACUUUAUUGAUGCUUUCUGUGUUAACUAUUGAUUGAGUUUAAGUUUGAAGCCAUCAAAAUUUAAAAGUAAACUUUAAAAUCCUAAAGUUUUAUGUGAUUCAUAAAUAAAAGUAUUACUCAAAGUUAAUUUUGAGUAAAAAGUUGAUAAAGAUUAUUGAAUCACUACAAAAAAUACCAAACAAACUCACAUUUGUCAUUUAAAAAACUUAAACUUUCAGAACCAGCAAAUUAUCGUCAUCAAGUUUUAAAAUCUGAAGUGAGCCAGAUCAAAUUAGUAUUUAAAGUCAAGUUCCUUUCCUUACAUUUCCAGAAGAAAUAAAAUGAAUGAAUGAGGAAAAUAAAGAAAAUGAAACUAAAGGGAUCAAGCGUAAAACUAAAAAGAAGUCAUUAGUUAUUUCUAAAUGUUACCUAAUGUAUUAACAAUAGUUAUGUCCUAGCCUUUUGCUGUUAAUUUGUCAAUCAAUUCCUGCAAAGGUGCCAACUCACGACGAUCAAUAAGUUGGAACUCUUGUACAAAAAAUAUAAAAUGCUUAAAUGAUGUAUUGAGAUGUGCUUCCUCGCCUAGUCGUACAACUUCCGGAAAAUGUUGAUGAUAGAUGUGUGCAUAGACACGAAAUAGCCGUUUUAAAAUCGUUUUUGCAAUAGUUUGGAAAUUUUUCGGGAAUGGAACGCCAAUUUUGGAUGGAAAUAGAGUUUCAUCGUCUAAUUGAUCUUGUACCCAAGUCAUUAAAUAAUCAAUAUACUUUGGUGCACUACAUUUGAUUGGUUUCUUGACUGUUUGUCCGUCCGCCCAAUGAUACUCGUAUUUCGGACCAGCAGACAUGAUACUGCACGUGUCUUCUGUACAAAAUUCCGUUAUUGUGCCAUAAAGCAUAUUAAUUUGAUUAAAAAAGUCUACAG